GUCUCGUCGUCCGCGUCCACCUGCGUCCACAUCGCGCUGCCCUGCGACCCUGCCUGCAACUGCACCUUCAGGAACUGACAGGAAAACAGCGGAACAUCGCCUUCUCAGGUCGAACGACCCACCGUCUGUCAAGCACGUACACGUCGUCUCCCGGCACCCCGCACCUCUUUUACCAGCCUUCGGGACUUGGCAUAUGCACUGGCGUCGAUUAGGUUUGCCAUCUGGACAAACCACAUAACCUCACGACUAUGCAUUCUGCACACAGCAAUGGCCAGCCCACAUCCUUCAUAUCCCAGUCCGGACCGUCGUACUAUCACAAUCCGCCUCCGCCUCCUCAGUUUUACGGCAAUGGACCUGGCCCGGCACCCUACUACAACCCGUACAUGCCUCCCAUGAAUGGGCACCCGCAGAUGCACCAACCCGCGUCGCCUCGAAUCAACUCGCCCAACCGAGGACGGUAUCCUGCACAUUCGCAGAGGGGUGGUAUGCCCGGUUACCAGCACUAUCCGCCCAUGCCGCCGCCUCAUAAUUUGCACCCUGGCGCGAACAUGCAGUCACCACCCAUUUCUCCAGUCAACCCGUACACCCACCCUCACGCUCCUAAGUUCUCGCCGCACGUUACUCACGUUCCCUACUCCCCUACCUAUCAUCCUCAGCCAAACGGAGGCUACCAUCCUGGGUGGGCACAGCCGCCUCCUGUACCAAAACAGCUCUCGAUGCUAUCACCCGCGGCGCGAUCACCGGUUCCCGUUCCUGCUCAAUCACUCCAGCAGGAACUCUUACCUGUGCAGAUGGCGGCACCGCAGCAACCUCUUGCAGAACCUCUUGCAGCACCUCAGCACCUUUCUCCUGAGCAGCCAACUGCUUUUCAGCAACCUACACCUGCUCCUCUGCAACAUGUUCCUGAACAGCCUCCUGUUCAAUUGCCACAGCCCGAGGAACCUGCUGAACCCACAGCUCCGACCUCUUCUGAUCCUGCUCCGGAACCGACGGUUGCCUCUGAACCGGUCCCGCGAACACCUAAAAUUGAAUUUUUGUCCGAACAGGACCUCGAAGACGAUGACUCUGAGGUCGCGCAGCCCGCAUCAUCCGGACCUGCUAACGAGACGAGUACAUCGUCGAGUGAGCCCUCUGGCUGGGUCAUCUGGUCGCGUCGGCCGGAGGAUCCCUUGCAUGCUCCUGGUGUCAUAAUAGCGACGAAAGCGUUCCCGCCAGACGAUGUUGUCCAUCAAGCGCUCGAGCUGCCCACCCCUCCGCCGUCGCCUAAGGUUCCGUCUGUUAAGCUUGCCGUUGAACCUUCUGUGCAUGAAGUUCAACCUGUUGAAGAACUCGCUAACGCCUCGCCCGACGAACUGGAGGUGCCCUCUUCUUCGGUCACCGAGUCGACACCGGCUUCUUCGACCCCUGGCGAGACACCUGUACCCGGUUCGCCAGCGACUUCUCGCACUUCUGUUUCUCUUCCUGUCACGUCUCCUUCGUCUGGCAAGCUCAUUGAUGUCCCAGACUCCACCGACGCGUCGAACGUCGAUGUAGCUGCUCCUGUGCCUCCAUUUAGCGAAGAUCCGCCGCCGGCGUCGGGAGUGACGGCUCCUGUGCCUCCAGCUCAACCCACAGAAGCACAGCAGGCACCCGCCCCAGCUCCAGCACCUGCGAAGCCCGCCAUGAAGAAGUCAUGGGCAUCUCUCUUGCAGUCUGGCGACGCCGCCGCUUCCUCGUCCAAGUCGCGCCUCCCAACGUCGUCGGUCGUCGGAUUCUCGAUCCCCGCCACCUCCGUGGGCGGCGCGUCUGCAGGACCCAGCGCCGUCUCCAGCGGGUUCGCAGCCGUUGCACAUCGCAACGAGCUCCUCAAGCUCAUCUACAACGGUCCCCCGCCGUCGAACAUUCCGCCCAAGAUCCAGCCGCGCGGGUUGAUCAACACGGGUAACAUGUGCUUCGCUAAUGCGGUCCUCCAGAUCCUCGUCUACUGCCAGCCGUUCAACCGCCUGUUCAGCGAGCUCAGCAAGUACCUCGCGGGCCCCGUGGUCGGCUCGCAGAAGGAGGGCUCGAAGGCAACGCCGCUCGUAGACGCGAUCAUCAAGUUCGUGCGGGAGUUCGUACCGGAAUCGCCCGUGGACGUGAAGGCGAAGGGAAAGGAGCGCGACGAGUUUUAUGAGCCGGAGGCGUUCAUACCGUCGUAUGUGUACGACGCGAUGAAGGAGAAAAAGCGGUUUGCUAGCAUGAUUGGCGGACACCAAGAAGAUGCUGAAGAGUUCUUGGGCUUCUUCCUUGAUACGCUCGAGGAAGAGGUGCUCGCACUCUCUUCGUCGCUGUCACCGAAUGCACCGAAGCCAAUUGAAGAAGUCGACGGGGCAGCUCAUGACGACGGGUGGUAUGAAGUAGGUAAAAAGAACCGAGCCAUGGUCACUCGAACGGUUAAGUCGACGGACUCGCCGAUCACCCGCAUCUUCGGAGGCAAGUUCCGCUCAAUACUGCGCGCGCCUCACCAAAAAGACUCCGUCACCGUCGAGGACUGGCGCUCGCUGAGACUUGACAUCCAGCGCGACACCGUGCACACCAUCAAAGAUGCGCUGCAGUCCAUCUCGCAACCCCAGCCUGUCCAGAUCAGCCAGCCUACCCGGCCGGGGGUGGUUGUUGAGGCUACCCAGCAGGCUCUGAUUGAGGUGUUCCCCCCCGUUUUGGUGCUGCACCUGAAGCGGUUCCACUACGACACGAAUGUGGGGGAUGUGGUCAAAAUUAGCAAGCAGGUCUCCUACGGACCCGAGUUGGAUAUCAAUCCAGAUCUGAUUGCACCGACCAAACGAACAGCCCAGCCGGUCAAGUAUCAGCUCUUCGGAGUGUUGUAUCACCAUGGUCAAUCCGCGUCUGGAGGUCACUAUACCCUGGACGUCCUCCAUCCUAACCGGGACCUCACCGACCGUCCGCGUGCGGCGUGGAUCCGCAUCGAUGACGAGCUGGUAUCCGACAUCCGGCCUGACGAUGUCUUCGGUGGGCUGGAGCAAAACGAGCGUUGCGCAUAUCUGUUGUUCUAUAGGAGGUUGGGUGCUUGGGGCCCCUCACGGACAUAAUUCUUGCAUCUGUAACUCAUGCUAUUGUAGUGGAAUACAUCGUCUGGUUUUCGUUGCUCUUGAAAGUGGUGUUGCACGCCUACUCGA